AGGAGGAAUUAUUCCGUAAUUUGUCCAUAUUCAAUGAAACAUGUGUGAAGUGGCAAAGGAAAACUGGAAGACUGGGAGUGCAGGAAACAUACACAUUUCACAUAUUGGGCCAAAGAUGGGAUGAGAAGACAUUCUCAGAAGUUGAGAUAUUUAACAUCACUACAAGUGAAGAUAAUCCAAAGGUUUGUUUAGAUCUCAACUCUGGCAGUAACUACAUUGUGAAUAUUAGUACCACCUCUUCCACAAACAUCACUGUCUCGGUUACAGUAGCAGUUCAGGCAAAGGUAAAGGAAGCUUUCAAUAAUGUAUUAAUUUUUAAUGAUACCUGCUUGAAAUGGCAAAGAAAUGUCAGGGGAACUGAUGUGAAAGACACAUACUCAUUUCAUGUGCAAGGCCAGCGUUGGUAUCAGAAGGAGUUCUUUCAUGAAAUGACCUUCAACCUUACCACACACAAGCAGGCUCCAGAAGUUUGUUUUGAUUUGCAGCCAGGCACCAAUUACUCUAUUAAUAUUUCCAUGGUAGCUUUGAAUUUUUCACUGCUCAUUUCCAUGACAACACAAAUCACAGAUCCCCCUUUCCCAGAUAUUGAAUUUGUUGCAGUAAAAGGUUCUGCACCCUUGCUCAGACUCCGGAAAGCGGAAGAUCGAAAUGGACCGAUCAGUCUUUAUCAAGUGAUUGUGCUUCCUCUGGCUUUGCAAAGCACUUUUAUUUGUGACUCCUUUGCUACUGCAACUUUCUUUAAUAACACCAGUGACGUUAAAGGAUAUGUGGCAGCUGAAUUUCGGGCGAAGGAUGUUGCUGAUAACAUGUCAAUUGCUCUUGGAGACAGACAUUACUACGGGAAGUUUUAUAACGCUCCUUUAAAGCUGGGAGAAGAGUAUUGUGUUUUUUUGAGAAUAAUAAGUGAGUGGAAUAAGGUGAGAACACAGUCCUGUGCUGUUUGGGCACAAAUUAAAA